AUGUUGACUUCCGUCCUCCUUCGGGCGGCGUUAUUCGCCGCAGCCGUUUCGGCUCUGCCCCUCCCGAUGGAUAUUUCUCGGAACCCAGCCCUCGAGACCAUUCCGACCAUGGAAGAGCUCGAGAAGAGAACUACCUGCAGCGCGGACAAUCUUCUGCGUUUGCUCAGGAGCGAGGCCAAUCUACCCCAGGCCAUCCCAUUUUGUCAGUCGUAUCUUAAUAGACCUAAGAAUACGAUUUACACCACCAUCUACCCGAUCACCACCGAAACGACCACUGUUGUUCUCGAGGUUAUCACGGAUGUUGACACCACAUAUACAGUCACUCAGACAAAUACAGAUGAAGCCACAGAGACUGACACUUACACAAACGUCGUGACUGAAACUGAGACUCUCGUAGAGACUUUUGUCGCUACUGAAACCUAUUCUACCACUGCCACACAAACUAUCACGAAUACCAAAACGGCCACUCAAACUGCUACGGCCAGUGACAUUUCCACUGAGGUUGUCACUAUAACCGUGAUUAUUCCAGCGACUGUUGUCGAAACUGUCACCGAUACUGUUUCUGAAACGGACAAACAGACCGUUUUUGAGACGGAUACCUCUGUUACGACCGAAACAGCUACUGAAACCGACAUUGACACUAUCACCGACACAACCACCAAGACUCAGGCUACCCAGACAAUUACUGAUGUUGAAACUACCACUGCAACUGGUACUUCAUCUGUCACUACUAAAGUCACUAGCUUUACAACUGCCUGGAGUACGGUUAUUGUCACUACUGUCACCAGGACCACUGGCAGCACCACCAUUACCGAGAAAUUUACUUCCACUAAGGUUAUCACAUCGACUGUCACUCGCCCAGCCACCCUCAAGAAGCGAACCAACCCCAAGACCCCGCUCUCCGUGCAAGUUGGAACUUAUCCUCCUUCUCGUAUCUCCAGUGCUUGCGACUGCUUGACGCUCCCAAUCGAGGCUGUUACAGUAUCUGUCACCGAAACUAUUACUCAGCAAGACACCGCGACUUCGGAGAACCAUAUCACCAACACUAAAGUCCAAACUGCCACUGAUACUGCCGUUAUCACCAAUACAGUUAAGGUCACCGCCACAGAGGAUAAGACUGUCAGGGAGAGCGCCACCGUCACUGAUACCGUCACGAAUACUGAGUCAAAUACUAUUUCUGAGACUCAGACUGACGAGGCGACUGCCACUGAGGAAGUCACCGAGACUCUUUCCCUCACUGAAACUUUGUCCACGAGUAUUUCGGAAACUAGCACCACGACCGAUACCGCCACAGAAACGGCCACCGAAGUUGUGACUGAGAUCGAUACUCUCACGACCUCGAUCACUAAUACUGAUCACGCCACUGAGACUUUGUCCCUCACUGAAACUGAGACUUCCACUAUCAAAGUUACUGCGACCACCACCACCUCCUCCACUAAGGUCGUCCUUACCACCGUCAUCGUUUCGGUCACCCAGACUGUUCCACAGACCAUCAGCAAGGCCACAAGCAAGACUACUGUCUCCACCAUCACUGAGUUCUGCACUAUCACCUCCAAGACCACCACCACACUCACCACCACCACCACCGCCACUGCCUACAAGACCUUCAGAAUCAGAUAUACCUCUUCUGGAAACAACAACAGAUGGGUUGACUUCGACAGCAAUCACUUGGCCACCCAGGUCACUUCUCGUUCCAAUGGUGCUCAGUUCCGUAUUUCCGGCAACUACAUCCUUUCCCGAGAGGGUGUCACCAACUGGUAUCCUCUUCAGACGAAUAGCUACGGACGAUGGACUUGGAGAUCUACUUUCCCUGUUGGUCAAACUAGAACUACCGCAACUGUUAACAGCGAUGGUACCAUUGAUUUUGAUUUCCCACUCUUCUACGGCGUACGCACUUGCAAUUCCAAUGGUAAUAAUGCACCAUUAUACUUGGGGUCUUCCUUUUCGUUCGAUGGCUGCAGUGGCAUCUCUGAGCUCUACGCCGACUACGAUUAA